AUGACGACUACUCCUGAGCACAAGAUGAAGUAUCGCUUCCUUGGUAACUCAGGUUUGUUGGUAUCACGUCUAUCAUUUGGUAGCUGGGUGACCUUUGACACGCAAUUGGACGCUGGGAAGGCUUACAGCAUUAUGGAACAUGCUUACAAUCAAGGCAUUAACUUCUUUGAUAAUGCUGAGGUAUACGCUAACGGCCAAUCGGAACUCCUUAUGGGCAAAGUCAUUAAGACCGGCAUUGAGCGCAAGCUGUGGUCGCGUGAGGACCUUGUGAUCAGUACCAAGCUCUUUUUCGGAACAAAGGCUGGCCCCAACGACGUGGGUAACAGCCGCAAGCACCUUAUCGAAGGGAUGAAGGCAUCGCUCAAGCGCUUUGAGCUGGACUAUGUGGAUCUUGUCUUUUGUCACCGUCCAGACCCAGCUACGCCUAUUGAGGAGACUGUGCGUGCUAUGAACUUUCUCAUUGAGCAGGGCUGGGCUUUCUACUGGGGUACUAGCGAGUGGUGUGCCAAGGAUAUCAUCGUGGCCUGCGAGAUUGCUGAUCGCCUCGGUCUGAUCCGCCCCAUUUUUGAUCAACCGCAGUAUCACAUCUUAGAGCGCUCGCGUGUCGAAUAUGACUUUGAUGUACUGUACAAAAAGUACAACUACGGCCUCACGACGUGGUCGCCGUUGGCAUCAGGUAUCCUCACGGGAAAGUAUAGCAAGGGCAUUCCGGAAGGAUCACGUUUAUCUAUGCCGUCGUACAAGGCUAUGCUGUCGAACGGUCUGGAGGAGAAGAUUGCUAAAGCCGACAAGCUCGCUGAUGUGGCCAAGGAGGUGGGUUGCUCUGUCGCACAGUUGUCGAUUGCCUGGGUAGCGGCCAACCCACACGUGUCCACGGUAAUUCUUGGAGCUACUAGUAUCAAGCAGCUGGAUGAAAACCUGAAGGCAAUGGAUUAUGUGGACAAGAUUACGCCGGAAGUUCGCAAGAAGAUUGACGCCAUUGCCGGUUUUGAACCGAAGUUCAUUCCUCAGGCUGAGCCUUACGUGAUUAAUCUGCGUCAGAAGUGGCUGUAA